AUGAUCAAGUUUACGAGGUUCGCUUCGUCUUUUCGUUUCAUUGUAGCUACUUCGACCCACUCCCAAAUAUGUUUUAACUCCCGAUGGAGAACAGCAUCAACUCAACCGUGGAUAUUGCCGAGCAUUCUUCGAUGUUCUUAUUGUGGAAAGCGGAAACUUGUGGCAUGUUGUUUUGUUUCAGUGCUUUUGAUGGGUAGAAAGAAUAUAUCGCUGUUGGAUUCGAUGGAUUGGUGCGACGAUGGAAUUCAGGAAACGAUGUGGAUCAACGAAAAGGAUUGAUUCUAUUUAAGAAAGAAUGGGUUCAAGAAAUAAUAACCGAGAUGUCAAUCCGUGAUUUCGCGAAGUAUGGAUUUAAAGAAGAGAGUGAAUGGACGCCCGGUGUGGACAACAGUCUUACAAUCAAAUUAUCAGGGAAGAACCCUGUUGUGAUUUCUUUCCGAGAUACAGAUGAUCGCGAUACUUUUAAGUCAAUGAUUUCUAUGUA